AUGCAAUGGCAGAGGAUAUCAAGCUGGCUUCUCUUCGUCUUCGUUCUGUCGAAAGUGAAGGUUAAGGUGAUGGUCAGUGCUAACCAGGUCCCUGGGAGUUGGCACCAGGUCGUACCUUUAGAGGACCCAGUGGACACGAAGUACGGACCGGUCCUCGGCGUCUCCGCCUCCUUCCCGCCCGGGUCCGGUCUGGUGGGCAUCCAUGCCUAUUUAGGCAUCCCGUACGCUCGGCCCCCGAUCGGGGACCUUCGGUUCAUGCCUCCGAUCACGCCGACGCACCGACACGAGGCGAUACGUGCGGAUCGCUUCCCGCCUGAGUGUCCGCAGCGAUUCCCGCCGGAAGUGACCUUGCCGGAGGCCGAAGCCGGAAAGACUUUUCCCCACUUUCGGCUUCGUGUCUUGCGCCACGUCCGGGAUGCGGCCCGGGAUCAAGACGAGGACUGCCUUUACCUCAAUAUCUUUGUUCCGGAUCCGGCUUCGGGUCGUGUCCCGGAUGGCGGAUACCCGGUGUUGGUGUUUCUGUCCGGGGACGAUUUCGAGUGGAGUCCAAGCAGGAUUCACGACGUUAGUCCCCUUGCCUCCUUCGGCAACGUCAUUGUCGUCCUGCCCAAUUUCCGCAUCGGCCGACUUGGGUUCCUGAGACUGGAACGCAGUUCCCGGAGAGAGGAGGUCUCCAACCUGGGUCUCCUGGAUCUCAUCGCCGUCCUCCACUGGGUCCAGGAGAACAUCCACGUCUUCCGGGGUCACAGGGGGAAGGUGACUUUGUUGGGUCACGGCAUCGCCGCCGCUUCCUACGUCAACUUCUUAGCUCUCUCCCCGACCGUCAGACCCAAUCUUGAUUAUUCAAUGAGUCGCAAGCAUCAGACCCCAGCCAAUGGGACACGAGAAGUGUGGCAUGAACACGGGAAGUGUGACACAUGGGCGGACGUGUGA